GGGAGGAAAAUGGGACUUACGAAAAUUGAAUCUUGUCCAGGCGCAUAGGGGCAUAAGGUUUUGCCACUGAGGCAACCAACCACUUGCAGGUGGAGAGAAUUUGAGUGUGGUAAAAACUCCCAAAUGCUCCAUUUCCAUUGCCCCCUUCUUCAUCAAAUACUCCAAUGACGCCACCAACAAUUGCAAUUUCCCACUCUCCACCACCAAUAACAAACCCACAAAAGAAACCAACUCCACCCACAGCCACCACCCUCUCCCUCUUACAACUCUGCAACCACCUCCAUGAAGCCAACCAAGUGCAUGCCCUCAUGAUCAAAACCUCCCAAAUCUCCGACACUUACUCCGCCAGCCGCCUAGCCGAAUUCUACGCCGUUUCAGACAACGGCAACCUUAAGUAUGCCGAAACCGUGACCAACUCCAUUCAAGUGCCUUACCGUUACGCUUGGAACACCCUCAUUAGGGGAAACUUGAAAAAGAAAAACACCCACAAAGCCAUCUCAUUAUAUGACCAAAUGAUGCGAAAAUCCGUCGAACCGGACAGGUUUACUUUUACAUUGGUACUGAAAGCGUGCACUUUGUUGGGGUUGAGAGAGAGUGUGAAGCAAUUCCAUUGCCAAAUCAUCAAGCGUGGGGUUGAAAACAGUGUGUCUAUUCGGAACAAGUUGAUUCAUGUUUAUGCUGCGAAUGGGUCUAUGGUUGAUGCACGUAAGGUGUUUGAUAAAAGUACUGAGUUGGACAUUGUCACGUGGAAUAGCUUGCUUGAAGGGUAUGCUGGUAAUGGAGACAGUGGAUUGGUGCGUCAGGUGUUUGAUGAAAUGCCGCAAAGGGAUGUUGUAUCUUGGAAUACCUUUAUUGCUUAUAAUGUCCGGGUGAGUAAGUUUAGUGAAGCAAUUGAGGUAUUCCAGCGGAUGCAAGAGGAAGGGGAACAACCUGAUGGGGUGACAUUGGUAAGUAUGUUAACCGCGAUUGCCCAUUUGGGUGCACUUGCGCAAGGGAAAUGGGUUCAUGCUUAUAUUAGGAAGCAUGGAAUCGAGCUAGACGAGAACCUUGGAUCCGCGCUUGUGAAUAUGUACUCCAAGUGUGGAUGCUUGGACCGAGCGAUGGAGGCAUUCGAUGAAACCAACAGGAAGAGUAUAGAUACAUGGAAUGCCAUGAUUGGUGGUCUAGCUUCUAAUGGCCGGAGUCUGGAAGCAAUUGAUCUCUUCUCUAGUAUGGAGAAUUCGAGAACUCAACCUGAUGUUAUAACCUUCUCUUGCAUUUUAAAUGCAUGCAGCCAUGGGGGAUUGGUAGAGGAAGGACUCGCGUAUUUUGGAAAGAUGAAAACCGUUUAUGGGAUUGAACCAGAUGUAGCACAUUAUGGUUGCAUGAUUGAUCUUUUGGGUCGAGCAGGUUUGUUUGAUAAGGUGGAAGAAACCAUGAAAUCCAUGCCUAUGGAACCUGAUGCUAUUAUGUGGAAAUCAUUGUUGAGUGCUUGUAAAAUCCACAAUAACUUUGAUUUGGGUGAAAAGGCCGGUCUCGAACUCAUCAAACUAGCCCCAGACGACCACGCGAGCUAUAUUUUGUUGUCGAACAUUUAUGCAUUGGCUAAUAAGUGGGAUGGAGUUCAUAAGCUACGGAAAAACAUGAUCAAGAAAGGAAUAAAGAAACCACCCGGAUGUAGUUCUAUCGAAGUCGAUGGACUCGUUCAUGAGUUUAUUGUUGGCGACACAAAGCAUUGCAAAAGUACAGAAAUCUAUGACAUGGUGGAGGAGAUGGAGGCCAAAUUGAAGGUUGUUGGGUAUGAACCAGACACUAAGCACGUUUUGCUGGAUAUUGAGGAGGAGGAAGUGAAGCAAACUUCAUUGGGUCACCACAGUGAAAAACUGGCAGUUGCCUUCGGCUUUAUCAGCACAAAGCCUGGAACAACCAUCAGAGUGUUUAAUAACAUAAGGAUGUGUGGCGAUUGCCAUUCUACAAUGAAGUUGCUGUCAAUGGCUUAUAGCCGUGAUAUGGUUAUUCGGGAUUCAAACCGAUUCCACCAUUUUAGAGGAGGAUCGUGUUCUUGUAUGGAUUACUGGUAGUCUUUCUUUAGGCUUCCUAUUUCAUCUUCUUGAUAUCCCCGUUAGCCAAAUGUAACAUAACAAAAGGUUGUCUAAAACAGUAAAUUUGAGUGGAAGGAAUACCAUGUUGCAAUGUGCACUGUGUCAGCAAGGAACUCCCAUUGCAAUGUCCGUUGUAAACAUGAAUUCCCAAAUCACCCUUACUAUUAAUGUUGAGAAGUACGAUAGACAAUCAAUUCAAGAAUGACUACCACUACAUGAACAUGCACGUAGCAUCACAAUUGAAAUAGGACAUCUUCAGAAUAAGGAUAAAAGUAAGAGAAGAAAUGCAAACUUCUUUAUAUACAAGUCAGAAGGUUUACCAAAACCAGUUACAAGGAUGCUAUAUCAUGUUUAUGAGCAGAGUCAAUGACUACUAUUAUCUCGGUUGACAAAUCCACUACCAUAUUUUUGGAUGGUGCACCAGACACAAGCAGUCCCAUCUCUCAACUCUGACAGUCCACUGGCGGUUUCUGAUGUUUUUUAGUGCCCGUGCCUUGAACACUGGACACAUGUUUGUGGUUGUUUGUUUGUGGUCAAUCCUGCAUUUGCAGAUGGCAUUUACAGAAAAAGGAAGCAUCCAUGGAAACAUGUUCACAGUGAGGGGGGCAAACAGUUGGCUGCACCCUCGCUUAUACUCCAGGCAAUGCAGCAACAUAGUCAUGCCUACCCAAGAGAAAUGCUGUUAAGCCAUUUCUUAGUUCAUGAGAAGCAGAGAGAGGCCAAAUGAGGAGAGACCUCAAACAUAGCCUUCUCUGUAAUUUUGAAGUUCAAGCACAAUUCUGUAUCUAGCUAUGUGAGAGAACAAAGCUCCUCCAGGCAUAUUGGUAACUCUCGGGGGAGAAAAUAACUUCUCAGAAUAUCUACAGAGUUACAGAUACUCAAUACGCAUGAUUCCACCAGUAGGCACUCAAUGCUGGCAACCUAGCAUUCCUUCAAUAGUUUGAGAUAACUAUCUUAGCCUAAAAAAUAAGCAACAGCCACAUGACCAAAAAAAGGAACUACUAAGAACUUGUCUCAUAAGCAAUAAACAGGAAAAAAAAAAAAAAAACAAUAGCCACAUGACCAAAAUAGAACUACUAAUAACUUGUCUUAGAAGCAAUAAACAGGAUAUUACAUGAAUAGGAUUCCAACUUUAGGUAUUCUGAUUCGCAAGUUGAAUUUAGGUCAUCUACAUCAAUGAUAGUACGACUUGAACAUGAAAAUUAAGAAGAGAAUGAAGCCAAAUGUUCUUUCUUCAGUUCUCAAGAAGCAUUUGGCAUAGAUUGGCCAAGCAACAACGAGUUAAGAAAGUUAUUGCUAUUGCACCAUGCUCGUAAAGCCUGAAACAAGUAUAUUAACAACAGACUAUGUAUUUUGGUGCACAAAAUUCUCAUUCCUUUCUCUCAUAUAGAUGAAGACUGACCACUAAGAACCCCUAUCAGUAGCUUAAAUGCUGCACCAUGAACAUGAGUCAUGCGCGAGUAAAGGACUCCCUGUAAACAGCUUUAUGGUUGUUACAUGAAAACCAUCAAUGGACCAGAAUGCUAAACAGCAGUCUCAUAUAGCAACUAAUCUAUCUCCCCCAAAAGAUUAGGAAUGAACAAGAGUUAAACAAACUAGAACGAUAAUAUAUGUGCUUCACCCAUUCAGGUUCUGCACAUGUGAACUGCCAUCAUACAUUCUGCGCAUUGUACCACAACGACUAAGAUGUCACAUUUUGUAUGCUAUAUCAGGGUUUAAGACUACAUAAUUUGUUGUAACCAGAGGAUCGUCUCUAUCCUACGCACCAUGAAAGAGACUCAGAACUCGUGAACCAACAAAUUCAAAUGUGCUUAGUUACACGCUUAAUAAGUAGCAAAGCAAUCAGAGAACUUUGAAGACCAUUAACAUGAUUCCACAUUGGAGUUCAGAUCAAUAAAACUUCAUCAUUUUGCUUUGCUUUUCCUAGGCAACCCGUGAGCAACUUUCAAGUAGCAAGCAAGUUUCAUUCCAACAAUCAAAUCCGUAGUAGUCCAAGAAAGUCAGAAAGAAGAGAAUUGCAAAGAGUCCCAAGAGUCAUAGAUAAGCAACAACAAAGGAGCAACGCUUUAGAACAACAAUUAACCAACAAGCCAAAGGAUUCCACUGACCAGGAAAUCAAAAAACCCAACAUUAAGAGAAAACAGAAAAACAAGAAGAAAAGCCUAUGCUUCAAAAUCAGAACUGGGAUUUUACCAACUCGCAACAAAAUCAUAAAAACACUAGUCAAUCAGUUAUUACUAUAUAGUAGUAAUACAACUAAAGCAAAGCAAUCAGAGAACUUUGAAGACCAUUGAUAUAUGUUCUCCGCAUCAAACUUCGGAGUAAAGAACUUCAUCAUUUUGC